AGAAAGUGAAAUAAUUGUAAGUUCAAUGUCUACAAAAUGAUAUUUUCCUUGAACGAGCUAGUACAUUGGUUGGGCUUAACAAUUUUUGAAAUAUGGAUAAAUUUAGUUUCAUUGACAAUUUUUACAAUGUUAUUGGCCCUCAAACUCGAUGACAAUUAUUUCCUAGGUCAGUCAGGAUGGUGGAUAGUAUUUUCACCUCUUUUUAUAGCAGAUGGAUUAAACACUUAUUUUUGUGCAAUCAUUUUUAUGAGAAUGCAUAUGGAGGGAACUAUUAAGGCUGCUAUUCUAAGAGCAUUACAAAGCCUUUCGUCGCUACUGUUGAUAUUUGCUUUCAAAUAUCUUCUAUGUAAAAAACUAACAGGACAAAGCACUUUCGAAUACUCAGAAAUUAUGAGCCCUAUAUUCGUGCUUUUGCAAUUAAUUGCAGUUAGAGCAUGUCAAGUAAAUUAAUACCUAUGAAUUGCAAACUAUAGAAUUUACAAUAAUAAUAGCAAAUAGAACAGAAAAAUCGACUAAAAAUAACUUUCAUUUUUCUUUCUUGCGCUUAUUGUACAAUCUUUUUAUUAUCUUCAUUAAAUUCUUAUCAAGUACACUGUUUUUAUAGAAUAUGUAAACAUUUAAAAUUAAGUUUCAAGUACAAACAUCAGAAUGUAAAUAUCAAAUUGUAAUAAAGGAUGAUUUAUAUUAAGGAUGGUG